AUGAAAGACGAUCCUCCUCUCCUCGACCAGCUAGCCCAAGCGUCCCUAACCGCCUGUCACACCAUCAAAGCGCUCCUUGUUUUCCUCGCCCUUGGGGCCGAUGUCCUCGCCAAGGACACCUACCGCCCAGUCGUCUGCUCCACCAAACUUGGCACCAAGUUUGUGAAGUAUCUCUCGACCAAGACUUCGACCAAGACCGUGUAUGCCACUCAAACCGAGAAAAUAUACAAGCGAAAUGAUGUCACCAUCACUCCCCGGGCGAUCACGACUACUGUCAGCGAGACCUUGACCGAGACAAGCACUACGACGGCAGAGACGGAGACGGAUACUGCUACCGUGACUGAGACUGAUACCUCAACGGAAAGCACCACGAUUACCUCCACCUCGACCGACUACGUCACAUCCACCGAGUACUCUACCUCCACCUCGACCAGCACGAUCGCUACUCCGGCCAGCUUCACCCCCAUCUCUCAGAGCCCCGGCUAUGUUGCUAAGCGAAGCCUUCCCUGCGAGCGGGCCGCCAGUGCCAAUCCCCCCAAGGGCAACACUCUUCAGUGCAAGAAGGGUUCUGAUCCCAUCUUCGGCGUUCGCCAAUAUGCUCAGAGUGUCGAUUGCACUCGAACCCUUGUGCGCAUCGUCAAGAAGACCGUCACCGUUUACGUCAAGCCUUGUACCACUACCCUUAAGGCCCAGACCGUGACCGCCACCACCACUCUUACUGAGACGGCUACUAUCACCGAGUACCCUGCUGAUGUUUCGACCACCGUCACUGAGACGACCUCGACUACCGUUACUGAGACCACUGAGAACACGGAGACGACUACUGUCACCGCUACCUCUACUAUUGAGACUGUGGUGCCCGCUGCGACUCCUUUCCACGCUGCAUGUGGCGCUGAUAACAUCAUCAGCACCGCCAACGGCGGCAAACCUAUCACGCUUGUCCAGGCUGCUACUGGUGGUAGCUUCAAUUCAAUUGGCAGCUCACAGACUGCUUACAGCUGCUGUGUUCUCUGCCAAAACACCGCCAACUGCCUUGCUUCAAUCCUGACUGGAACUAGUUGCUUCGGUCUCAUCCGAACUACUUGCGCAGUCGGCCAGCUGGCCUCAGACAACUACCGCACUGGAAGUGGCACUGCUUUCACAAUGAGCAACGGUGCUUGUGGAAUGAUUGCUAAUGGCGGCAGUCUGUAA